CUGUGGCUGACUGAAGUGUAGUGUUGUAUGAACAUUUUGAUUUAGUUUUUGAAUUAAUAACUAAAGUAAAAAAAUCGUGCUAAAAAGCCUUAAUUUCAGUUUGUGUGUGUGAAUUGCUAUUCUGUUUAUAAAAGCUAGAGUAGAGGUUAUACUUGGUCUGAGAUGGCGAAACGGCAUUUUCUGGAAAGUGGCUUAGGGUGGCAGCAAGAUGAUGAUUACCAUGACGAAAUGUAUAGUACACAUAGACGCAGAACUAAUGCUGAUGCAAGAAAUAAUCAUUACUAUGAAGCUUUUGGCAACUACAGUGGAGGGUAUCACCCACGUAGACUGAUGGAUAUAGAGUUCCAAGAAGAUAACUUCUUUCCGCCACUCUCAGGAACCAGACAGCGAGAACCAAAAUGUGAUCAUGAAAAAAUAAAGUUUUUAAUGCGUUGUGGUGUUCCGAAAGAAACACUUAGAGGUUUACCUAGUGAGUUACUGGAGCUUUAUGAACCGGACAAUUGUGGACUGUGCUGCUACCAAUUGGACACACCCCACAUUACACAACUUCAUUAUGUUUCAAAAAAUCACUUGAAGAAACAAAAGAAAUGGUUACAACAUCCAAACAGGCAAUCUCUGUCAAAGCUACCUUUAAGGGCUCGUGAACUUUAUUGUGAGCUAUGCGACGUUCAUAUCACUUCUACAUCGCACGCUAAGUUGCACUACGAGGGUAAACCUCAUCGCGCAAUUGUAGAAGGCCGGAGAGUUCCUAAAAAUCCAGCAUUGCUGCCUGAUUCUGCGGCAGAACGAAUAGAAAAACUGAUCAAGCGUGAAAAAAGAUAUAUGAAUAUACCUGAAAAAAGUGUGCCAACAGACUCCAGUAAUGAGCAAACGAAUGAAAACAUCCAAGUAUUGGCAGGACCUAAGGAUAAUGAACUUUAUUGUAAUAUUUGCAAGGUAUUCAUGGUCAACUUUGACCAAAUGACGGUACAUUUAAAUGGUAGAAAACAUCUUUCGAAAGAAAAACAACACAUAUUGAAGAUAAUGAGAGGGGAAAUAACAGAAACUGUUGGAUCUCCAAAUAAUAAAGACAAUGAAAACAAGACUAACUUAGAAGAGAAAACAAAGGCCAACUUAGAGCAAACAAAGACUAACUUAGAGCAAACAAAAAACUUGGAGCAAAUAAUCACUAACUUGGAGCAGACAAAGACUAACUUGGAACAAAAAAAUAACUUGGAGCAGACGAACACUAACUUGGAGCAGACAAAGACGAAACAAGAAGAAGAAACAAAUGAUUCCGAAUGGGGUGAAGGAACUGAAUCAUGGGAAUUAUAAGAGUCCGUUGUGCACGAAGAAUUUUUCCGUCUCGUAGCAGCACCGAAGUAUGGACUCUACGUUCAAAUCUGUAAAUAAAGUACAUUAAUGUACUUACUUACAUGAGACAAUGUAAAAGCACGGUAAAAGUAGAAUGCUCCAUUAACUAAACUAGAAUAUUAAUCUAA